AUGAGUUUGUUCAAAGAUCUGACCUCUCUGCACGCUCGCUUCAGUCAGGGUAUCGAAAAGGUUGCUGGAGGUACCCUCAAGGAGAUCAAAGGGCUUUUCGACUCGGAUCACCGUCAUGACGAUCCCGAGGAAAAGGCUCGCGACGAGGCCAGGGCCAGGAUUCUCGAGGGCCACCGCUUCAAGAGCUUUGCACAAGAGCGGGAUGGGAAUAUCUGCAAGUGGCAUGUCGAUGGGCAUGACUUCAUGUGGGCACUUGCCGAGAUCAUAGACUCUGCUAAAGAGCACAUUUGCAUCUUGGAUUGGUGGCUCUCUCCAGAGCUCUAUCUCAAGCGGCCACCUGCGCACUUUCCUGAAUGGCGUCUUGAUCGUCUUCUACAGAAGAAGGCUCAACAGGGAGUCAAGGUUCAUGUCAUCGUUUACAAAGAAGUUACACAGACGAUGUCCAUGAGCUCUAACCAUACAAAGAAAGCGUUGGAGGCCCUUCACCCAAACAUUGCUGUCAUGCGUCAUCCAGACCAUAUUGGCUCCAAAGAUAGCAUCCAAUUCUGGAGCCACCACGAGAAAGUAACAGUCGUUAUCGUCGAUUAUCAUUACGCUUCCAUUGGCGGCCUUGAUUUGUGCUUCGGUCGUUGGGACACGCACUCCCACCCUUUGGCGGACGCUCAUGUCACUGAGCAUGACCGUACUUUAUUCCCUGGGCAGGAUUACAAUAAUGCUCGAGUGUUGGAUUUCCAAAAGGUUGAUCAUUACGUAUCUAACCAGAUCUCCACACUUGAGACUGGUCGCAUGCCAUGGCACGAUGUGCAUAUGACUAUCGUCGGUCCUAGCGUGUUGGAUAUUGCUCAGCAUUUCAUUGAGCGAUGGAACGAAGUUAAGAAGCGCAAGUAUCAAGAGAUGGAGCGCUAUCCUUGGCUCGCAUUCCCUCAUGAUAUUUCGGCUUCUCCAAACGAGCCGAUUGCCAGCCAUCCCGACUUUCACGCGGUUGCCCGGCGUGGCGUGCACUACAAGGAGAGGUUCCUUCGUCGUAUGAACGAUCAUGAUGCUGAAGAGGAUCCCGAUGAUCAUUCUCACGACUUUAACAAAGCGACUUGUCGUGUUCAAGUCGUUCGUAGUAUCUCGGAUUGGUCGCAUGGAUACUUGACAGAGCAUUCUAUUCAAAAUGCUUAUAUCCAACUUAUUAACGAAGCGAAACAUUUCAUCUAUAUUGAGAACCAAUUCUUCAUCUCCAACACCGUUGAGAACGCGGCCGUUGUGAACCAGAUUGCUGGCGCUUUGGUCAAUCGUAUCCUCACUGCCGCUAAGGCCGGUGAGAAGUUCAAGGUCAUUAUUGUCAUUCCCGAAGUGCCCGCUUUUGCUGGUGACAUUAAGGACGCGAGCGCCGUUCAGAUCAUAUUGGGUGCUCAGUACCGAACUAUUAAUCGUGGUGGAGAUUCAAUCAUGGAGAAAAUCCGCGCCGCUGGUUAUAAUCCUGAGGACUAUGUUCGCUGGUAUCACCUCCGUGCCUAUGAUCGCAUCAACGGCCCGUAUUCCACGUUCAUCAAGCAGAUGGAGGAGAAAACUGGUGUUACCUUCCACCAAGCCCAAGUAGCUCUCGCAAGGAAAUGGAUUGGAAAGAUUGACGAGGCGGAAAUAUGGGUUCAGGACACCGUUGCUAUCAAAGCUCCAGUUCCCACAAAGGACGGUAUUGUCGAAGAGGGAGACGCAAGCAAGACUGAGGACAUAAAGUAUCCCGAGACGGAAGAAGAAGCCGAUCGCAUCCUCAAAACAUUUGAAGCCGGUGCUGGGCGCAAGGACGACGAAGUCAGUGACUCUGUCGGUCACCAUGCCAUGCAGGACAUCACGACCCUCCACGAUGAGAGAUGGCUUGGUGAUGAAGCCGAGGAGAGGGACUGCUACAUCACUGAACUCCUUUACAUUCAUUCGAAGGUCAUGAUCGUCGACGACAGGCGUGUUAUUAUGGGGAGCGCCAAUUUGAACGACCGAAGUCAGAAGGGUGAUGGUGACUCUGAAAUUGCUCUGGUCGUCGAAGAUUCCGAUAUGAUCAACAGCAGGAUGAACGGUCAACCUUACAAAGCAGCUCGUUUCGCAGCCACACUCCGUCGCGCGCUUUUCAAAGAGCAUCUUGGUCUCAUCAAGCCUCAGCACUGCGAACCCGAGACGGUUGGACAGGUUACGUCUUACAUGACCCCCGUCCCUCAUCCUCACAAGGACACUACAAUGUCUCGUGAAGAUCAAAUGGUUGCAGACCCGCUGUCGGACGAGUUCGAACAGCUGUGGAAUAACACUGCCCACAAGAAUACGCAAGUGUUCUCGGAAAUCUUCAAAACGGUGCCUUCGAACAACGUUAGAAACUGGAAUCAAUACGAGGCCUAUGUGCCCAAGGUCAAGGCUGGUCACAUUGCCGCGACAGAGAUGCCGCUGCAGACGAUCAAGGACAAGCUCAACUCGGUGCAAGGGCAUCUUGUCGAGGGAGCGGUCGACUUUUUGAUCGAAGAGCCAGGAUUGACCACUGGCGUCAGAUGGGCAAAAUACGACCCCACCUUGCCAAUCUACAUCUGA